UCCUUUUGCAACUGUUUCCUGCUGCCAUCCUGCGUCUGUUCCACAGUCUAUGGUCUGCUCUCUCAUUUUAACGUUUUUCCCAACACAGGAGCUUAUGCAGCCAGUAUUAAUGAUCCGCUAAUCAAACAAUGAGGAGGACACGACGCGCUCCACUCUGCCAUUGCGUCGCUAAACGUGAGGACGCCACAAUAAAACUCGUGCGUUUCCAAUAAACAACUUGGCUUGACAACCGGAGUCGCCUCGAACGGUGACAGGUGAGCCUUUUCAGGUGGCACACUUUCAGGUUUUAAAGUUGUGUUUCUCUCUUCGAGAUGGCUGGGGGCAUUACAGAAACAGGCGAGCCUUACUCACCAUUUGUUGGCCUGGUGUACAUGUUCAAUCUAAUUGUUGGCACUGGUGCCCUGACCAUGCCCAAGGCCUUUGCAGCAGCUGGUUGGGUUGUCAGCGUCUCCCUCAUCACAUUUUUGGCUUUUAUGAGUUUCAUGACCACCACGUUUGUUAUUGAAGCCAUGGCUGCUGCCAAUGCCCAGCUGCGCUGGAAGAGGAGGGAACAGGAAGAGAUUAAUGAGAGUGACUCCAGCUCGGACUAUUCGGAUGAUGAGGAUGUUAUCCGGGGACGUUCAGAACCCGUCGAGACGCGGCCCAUUCUCUCUGUCCAGCGUGCCGCGAAUAUAGACCACUUUGACAUUGUCGAGAGAGUCGAGAUGGGACAAAUGGCCUCCAUGUUUUUUAAUAAAGUUGGCGUCAACAUGUUCUACAUCUGUCUCAUCGUGUACCUGUAUGGAGACCUGGCCAUUUAUGCUGCUGCUGUACCGGUGUCAUUGAUGGAGGUUGCAUGUGGGAAUCACUCGUGCAGUGCUGGGAGUGUGAAAUACAACGACACCGAUUCGUGCUGGGGUCCUGUAAGACGCAAAGACGCCUACAGAGUGUUUCUGGCUACCUUCACACUGUUUUUGGGGCCCUUCACCUUUUUCAAUGCACAGAAGACCAAAUACCUCCAGAUCCUUACCUCUCUAAUGAGAUGGAUUGCGUUCACCAUGAUGAUCAUCCUGGCUUUGAUUCGUAUUGGCAAGGGACACGGUGAGGGCAAACCAUCUGUAGCUCAGAUCUCAGGUGUGCCUAACCUCUUCGGGGUCUGCGUCUACUCGUUCAUGUGCCAGCACUCACUACCAUCGCUUGUGACGCCCAUCUCCAACAAGCAGCGCAUGAGCGCCCUGGUCAUGGCCGACUACAUCCUCAUCCUGUGCUUCUACAGCCUGCUGUCCCUCACGGCCAUAUUCUGCUUCGACAGUUCUCUGCUGCGGGACAUGUACACUUUAAACUUCACUGAUAACUGCGACGUCCUGAGCAUUCCAGUGUUGCGCUACUUCCUGGGCCUCUUUCCCGUUUUCACCAUUAGCACCAACUUUCCCAUAAUAGCCGUUACGCUACGUAACAACUGGAAGACUCUCUUCCAUCGGGAUGGUGGCACGUACCCUUGGGUGGUGGACCGUAUCGUCUUCCCGCUCAUUACCCUAGUGCCGCCCAUUAUUGUGGCCUUCUGUACUCACGAUCUGGAGUCGCUUGUGGGUAUCACUGGGGCAUAUGCUGGAACGGGCAUUCAGUAUAUCAUCCCAGCCUUCCUAGUAUAUUUUAGUCGUCGUCAUCUAGAGCCUGUGUUGGGAAGGGAUGCUGUAAAUAAGCACCGGUCGCCUUUCCAUCACCAGUUCUGGAUUUGGUUUGUGAUAUUGUGGGCAACGUUCUGUCUAAUGUUCGUGACCGCUAAUAUUGUCCUUAACGAAACUAAGAAGUGAGUAUAAAAGCAGAUUUAUUUUUUCAAGCUUUAUUUUAAUUUUAUUUUUUUAAGGGGUGUUUGUUCGGUUAAAUGUUAAAAGAAUGGCAUCAGCUGAAGUUGAGUUCAGUCUAAUUUAAUCCAGUGUCUAAAAGGGACCAGAAGACGUUUUGGCAUUACUUUAGUUGGACUAAUGUGAAACUUUU